AUGUUCUCCCGACAGGUGCUAUUCCGGCUGGCUGCCGGUUAUCUUUACUGUGCCACACGUACCUGCGGAAUACUGCCAUUUCGGUUUGAUGGCAAUCGAUUUUUCAACUGUGAAUUCCAGCUGCUCUGGUCCCUUUGCGCAGGAUCCAGCACCAUCGCUAGCGUGGUGUUUAGCUUCUACCGCAUAGUGACACUGAUCUCGUACCCAUCGUUGGACAUUGUCCGUCAGCUGAUUUACUGCGAGUUCAUCAUUCGCGUCGGGAUCAUCGCGUCGUGUUACGUGCUGACGUGGAUCUACAACCGGCAGUUUCUGGCACACUGUAACGUUAUCCUGCAGAAUCUGAGGAAGCUCGAGCGCUUCCAGUAUCUGCCGGAGGUCGACAGGAAGCUGGCCGUGUACGGUCUGCUAAAGGUCUUCACCGUGGACGUUAUGAUGAGUGUUCUAUUUGGGAUCAACUUUCGGUUCAAUGCAGAAAAUGAUCCGGUGCCGCUGUUCGAGCGUGUCGUAAACGUUUACGCUGUUUUCGUUGUGGCUCAGGUAUCCAAUGUGUGCCUAUUUAGUCUCUACAUAGGAGCCUAUCUGUAUCGUGCGGUUAACUGGCAAGUGAGGAAAAUCAUCAGCAGAUCCGGCGAGCUGGAGCAAAAUUGCGUUCAAAUUUGUGAAAAUCUGGACUCCUUAAGUAAAAUCCAUUACAGUACGACCCAUGCCAUACAGGGAAUCUGCGCCAUUUUUGGUAUCCCGCUUGGAUUGAUCAAUUUGAAUCAAUCCGUGGUGUUCAUUUCCAGAGUGUACUUUGUUUACGUUUCUUUAAGUCAACAAUUUAGGAGCGAAUUCAUCAUCAGCCCAAAUCGUUACUUCAACUCUAUCCUCUACCUUUGUUUUGAGCUGGUCCAUCUAGUGUGCCUGGUGUCGGCAUCGGAGCUGUCAGUUAGACGCGCUGAAAAGACUCUUCUCUAUCUGAAUGAGUUUUUUGAAACUGACGUUGAACCUGCUGUCGACAAAAAUAUUCAAACGUUCACCAUCGGAUUACUGCUGCGUGAUCAGUCGGUUUCCCUUUGUGGAUUGUACCGGCUGGAUUUUACACUGCUUUUUUCGAUAAUUGCCGCUAUCACCAACAAGCUUAUCGUACUCAUACAAUUGCAACUUGGAUAG